UCGUGCAUUAUGAGCACCAUGAGUGUCGUCCUUGUGUCACACCUGUUCGUUUGUCAAGUCUUUUUUAAUUGCGUCUUACAUGGAUCGUUGCUGAAUUUCUCGAAUUCGGACGAGGAAUCAGGAACGAACGAGUGCUGGGACUUGGCAGAUAAAAUUUUGGAACUGUGUUAUUGAGGACAUUUUGUCAUACUUGAACGUUCAACAUCAGAAAACUUCGGUUGAUCAUAGCUGACAGACAUUCUGAUAAUAGUCUUGCUAUUUAAGUUGCCAAUUAGCUCUUGAAAUGUCUAAAUUUUCAAAACAACACUCCUCCCAUACAAAUCAAAAUGGAGAUGACAAAGGCAUUUAAAGUUUGGCAUCGCAAUCACAAGUUCAUACUCUUUCAAGGGAGCAUGUGGUUUGGGACAAAAACAAAGAAGAGACUACUGGCAGCAGGCAUGGCUCUGCGGCUUGCCUCGGCCGUUCUUGCUCGCCGAUCGGCAGGGCAUGGCGUGCGCCUAUUCUGCGUCUCCUCGCAGAAGGCUGCUCCCACCAUCGCUAUGGUGCUGGCAGGCAGCGGAGUGUAUGACGGCUCCGAGGUGCACGAGGCCUCGGCCUGCCUGGUCCACUUGUCCAGAGCUGGUGCCACCGUCCACUGCUAUGCGCCCGACAUCAAGCAGAUGCACGUCAUCGACCACACUAAGGGGGAGCCGGCAGAGGGCGAGUCCCGCGGGGUGCUGCAGGAGUCGGCCCGGAUCGCCCGGGGGCAGAUCCAGAACCUCAGCGAGCUGGACGUCAGCAAGGCGGACGCAGUCGUCGUCCCCGGCGGAUUCGGCGCCGCCAAAAACCUUUCGUCGUUCGGCACGGAGGGCGCCGCGAUGACAGUGCUCCCCGAGAUGGAGCGCGUGCUGCGUGAGUUCCACGCGGCUGGCCGGCCGCUGGCGCUGUGCUGCAUCGCGCCGGUGCUAGCGGCGCGCCUGUUGCCGGGGGCGCGGCUCACACUGGGCGGACGCGGCCAGCAGUGGCCGUACGCGGGCGCGCUGGACGUGGCCGCCGGCUGGGGCGCCGCCGUCCAGGAGUGCGGCGUCGGCGAGGCGUGCGUCGACGCCGACAACCGGCUGGUUACCACGCCCGCCUUCAUGUACGACACUCGCCAGUUCCACCUGGUCUUCGACGGCGUAGGCAAGAUGAUCGAUGAGCUGAUGAAGAUGCUAAAUUAGAGCUGGAUGGGGUGGCCAGGGGGGGCGGCCGCGGUGCGGGAGGUCGAGCGCGCUGGCGACAGGCGGGAAGACACUUUGACGCCGUGUUGCGCGGCCGCGGCGCUGUUCAGAGCUGUGUCACUGCGGCCGUGUCCCCCGGGUGACUGCCAGAACCGUGAUCAUCGGUGCAGUGCCGACGUGCUGCCGUCAUAGAUGGGCUCAUCGAGUUUUAUGAUUUGGCUACUAUUGUGCUCUACCUGGCUGUGUGUGUGUGUGUGCGUGUGUGUGUGUGUGUGUGUGUGUGUGUGUGUGUGUGUGUGUGUGUGUGUGUGUGUGUGUGUGUGCGUGCGUGCGUGCGUGCGUGCGUGCGUGCGUGUGUGUGUGUGUUUGUAAAUACUUGGUUUACGGAUACAUAAAAAUGCAAUACACCUGGGAUGUGGGGACAUUUUGGUUUGUGGGCACAUGCUGUGUUCCCUCAAACUGGUUGAAAAAAAGAUCGUACUGGAGGUUCCUUUUGCCACGUUAGCUCGAGCGCCGGUCGAUAAGUUUUACGGGCACGCGAUUUUUAUGUGCCCACAUCCCACCACUAUUACCUUUGGAGUAUGCAUACUCGAAGUAUGGUAGUGGGCGGAGCCAAUUGUGGCUGGCAAGUUUGUGGGUGUUGAAGGUACCCACAUACCAGGAGUGACACAUAAACGCAAAUAUUCAUCAGCUGAGUGUAUACUGAUGUUAAACAGCGGAAAAUCCACGUAGCGAAUUGGUUUGUGUAACAGAUUUAAUUCAAAAGCAACGUCAGGGUUCGUGGUUCGGGCCUAUGGCAGGGCGAUACCCUUGAUGAUAUCGGGCCCAUGAUCCGUCCAUUGUUCUGGACUAUGCUGACAUUCUUGUGAACGUGGAUGACCGUAUUAAACACUGCGAUGUCUAGAUAUAUAGUAAUAUGAGGCCCAUGCCUUUUCUGUAACCCUCAUCAUUUCGUAGCCCCUGAUAACGCCUAGCCCGUAAUUAUCAUGCCUCCGACCGUGUCGAAGGCCCCUGACCGUGACACAUCUUGGCAUUUGGAGUCCCCGACUUCAGCAAGUCCCUGGCCUUGGCGAUGUCAAUGUUGGGGGCCUAUGACCGUUUCUGGGCCCCGUCCAUAUAGCCCCUGACACUGCUAAUGUGGUGGCCGUGAGGGUCAAUGUUGGGCCAUUGGCCAUGUCGAACCUCUGACUGCGUCAGGCGGCGCAGUGACAGUGAUGACCAGUGUCGGUGUCGGAGCCCAGAUCGUGUUGGGCCGCUGAACACGUCUUCCCGGUAGAAUCGGACCCUUCGUCAUGUCGCAACCCUGAUUAUGGUGGAGGUCUAUGGCUGUGACAGGGUUCUUGGCCGUGCUAGGUCCUGACCGUUACGGGGCAUGACUGUGUGAGAACUCCUGGCCUUGCUGACCUCUCAACGUGGCGGGGCUCCUGACCGUUAACACUUAAACCUUUUCAGAGCCCCUGUCCACGUUGGGCACGUGGAUGUAUCAGGCCCGCUAAGUGUAUAGAGCCUCUGAACGUGCCUGGGCUUCUGCCUGAGCCAUGGCACUGACAACGGUGGUCUGGGUCGAGCCCUGUAGCAGUAUCGAGGCUCCUGAUAAUGUUGGGCCGAUGGCUACUUCAGUCCCUGAUGGCGCUGGGCAGUAGCAGUUUCACAAUCCUUGGCCGUAUCUGGCUUUUUAGGCUGC